AUGCCCCAACGCACCUACUCCAAAACCUUUACACCCCUCGAAUCAAACCCAGAAAUCUUCACCUCUUUGUCCCACUCCCUCGGUCUCUGCACCUCCCUCAUCUUCCACGAAGUCUACUCUCUCGACGAACAAUGCUUCGAUGGUAGAGUAUUAGCCUACACACUCGCAUUUCCUACCUCAGAUACCUAUGAUGAUGAGAGAGCUGCUCAAAAACCCGGAUUACGAAGAAAUGUUGAAGAUGGUAUCAGUGAGGGACAAGUAAAGCAAGAGCAAGAAGAAGAAGAAGAAGAAGAAGAGUAG